UUCCGAAAAGACAAUAGGCAUUUCCGGUAUUCCGAAAGACUACAGCCUCAAUUAAUAUAUAUGCGUGAAACCCCUCAGGGUUCACGCAAUGCGCUAACAUAAAGUUUAUUAUAUACAUGUAGGCGUACUCCGAAAAAAAAAGAAUCAAGCAUUGUUAGAGCGACUUUGUUUUUGUAAUGGAAGUUUGUGCAGAUUCUGUACUGUCAUCAGUAAAUGCAGAAAAGGGAGGGGCAAUAAGAAUAGAAUUAUGUAGCAAUUUGGCAGAAGGUGGAACCACACCAUCAGUAGGACUUUUGAAGGUGGUUAAAUCACGUUUGAAGAUUCCAGUUUAUGUGAUGCUGCGACCACGUGGUGGAGAUUUCUUCUACAGUGACGACGAGUUUGAAGUCAUAAUGGAAGAUUUAAAAUUAUUGAAGAAUUUAGGAGCAGAUGGAUUCGUGUUUGGUUAUCUUAAUUCGAAUGGUACUGUAGACAAAGACCGCUGCAAAGAAGUCUUAGAUGCUAUUCGACCUUUACCAGCAACAUUCCAUCGUGCAAUAGAUACAACAGUUGAUAUAAUGUCAGCAUUGGAAGUAGUGAUAAAAAUUGGAUUUACACGGGUUUUAACAAGUGGGGGCUGCUCAACUGCUUUAGAAGGUCUUCCCUGUAUAUCGGAAAUGAUUUGCAAGGCUAAAGGAAGAAUUAUAGUGAUGCCAGGUGGAGGUAUAAAUGAGAUCAAUAUUUCAAGAAUUCUACAACAGUCCAAAGCCAGGGAAUUUCACUGUUCAGCUAGAACAUCAAGACCGUCUUUGAUGCAAUUCCAAAAAGCAGGCAUACCAAUGGGCGCUGCAUUAUUUCCACCAGAAUAUAGCACAAAAGUAACAGAAGUGGCAAAAGUUGAACAUUUUAUUAGUUUGUCAGAUAAUUGUUUUAUGGAUAUGGAAUAAUCAUGUUCUCUACCCUGUCCUAUUUGCCAUAUGAGCUGUUGUCAUCAUUUUGCGUCUGUUUUUGUGAUCUACAUCUUCUAUGAAACUGCUAGAGUAAUUUCAACAACACUUGGAAUGAAUGAUCAUAAGGAUAUCUAGUUUACAGUUAGUGAUUUAUUGUUCUUGCCAAUGAACCAACAUUACUGACAUUGCUAAUAAAAAAAACCAGAAGGGUCAAAUGCCAACAAAAUGUCAAAUAUCGUGCAAAAGAAAUUGUGACAGGAGCCAAGUACUUUUUAAAUAUUAAACAAAAUUAUCAGACAACUCAGGUAUAAUUGUAAUAAAAUGUUGUUUUUUUUCAA